AUUUGCACUAAACCGUACGUUUUUUUCUGUAAAAUCUACUUUCAAAAAUCGCCCAUCACCAUUACUAUUUAGUGUUUAAUAUGUAAUGCAUUACCUUUACCUAAUGUGGUGGAAUGUUACAAAAUAAAACAGGGAAUCUAAAUAAACUACUAAACCACAUAAUGGCCACCAAACUCGGAAUCCUGAUGAAACAUUGGUCAGAGCAUUCAGGAGUGUUUAAAAGAAGGGCUUCAUUUGAAAAUGUAACAUUAAGGCAUAUUUAUUAUGAAGAAGCUAGAAGAAAUCCUGAAGUUUCUAGCUUUUAUCCUUAUUCGACUGCUGAAAGUAUUAUGCGAGUAGCCAGAAGAUCAUCUCUGCCAUCUCUACCCCAUUCUCUGGCUGAUUUGGCUAGUAUUUUUGAUAAGACGUUUACAUCGGUACACUUGCUGUGGUGAGAUCAUGUUCAAGGGUUGUUUGCAUGAUGUUGAUGGCCAAGCAAGCAUGAUUUUAUCAUGCACCCACCUCAUUAUUCCAAUUAGUUUUAGCUAAAAAUAUUGAAGAAGUCGAUGUAGACGCCACUUUUAAGGUUGUGCCAUCAAAUAUGGGAAGUCAGUUGUUAACUGUUCAU